UGGCUGCCGCGGAAAAUUUGUCAAGAGUUUUCAUUUAAAAUCGUUAAUUAUUUUUUUAUAACGGCUAGAUAAGCCCCGGCGUAGUUUUUGCCAUUCGAAAUUUGCUUGGCGGUAAACGCGUCGUGUUUUCGCUGCCUCCCCUUUGCUGCAUCACACCUCGCUUUUACACGCAACAGUAACAACGAGAAUGGUCGACACGGAGAUCAUUGUCACCAAUGCCGGCGAGCCUUGCACCUCGACCAAGAGCAACAGUCUGAUUGUCGUCUCCAAUCGUUUGCCAUUCGUGUUGACGCGCAAUGCCAAGACCAAGGAGCUCGAACGCAAAGCUAGUGCUGGCGGUCUAGUGACGGCCGUCUGUCCGGUAGUGAUCAAGGGUGGCGGUCUUUGGGUGGGCUGGUCUGGCAUACAUCUGGAGGAUCCCAACGAGGCCAUACCCGAGUCGAAUCCCUACGAUCAGACGCCCACUGCUGGCCUCAAGUCCGAUCAGGUGGUCUCUGUGAACAUUGAUUCCAAGAUCUUCGAUAGCUACUACAAUGGCUGCUGCAACAAAAUAUUCUGGCCGCUAUUCCACUCCAUGCCGGGACGUGCCAACUUUGGUGGCGAGCAUUGGAAAGAUUAUGUAACGGUGAAUAAACAUUUUGCAGUGCGCACCAUUGAGGCGCUGGAGAAGUGUCUUGCCAAGAACAAUGGCAACGAGAAGAAUCCGCCAAUUGUGUGGAUACAUGACUAUCAUCUAAUGCUGGCAGCCAAUUGGGUGCGUGAGCAUGCCGAGGAAAAGAAUCUGCCCUGCAGGCUGGCCUUCUUCCUGCACAUACCGUUUCCACCAUGGGAUAUCUUUCGGCUGCUGCCCUGGUCGGAUGAGAUACUGCAAGGUAUGCUGGGCUGCGAUCUGGUGGGCUUUCACAUACAGGACUAUUGCCUCAACUUUGUGGAUUGCUGCCAGCGCAGUCUCGGCUGUCGUGUGGAUCGCAACAAUCUGCUAGUGGAGCAUGGCGGACGCACAGUUCGUGUGCGUCCGUUGCCCAUAGGUAUACCUUAUGAGCGCUUUGUCAACCUGGCACAGAAUGCGCCCAAGGUGUUGAAAACCUCCAAGCAGCAGAUUAUUCUCGGCGUGGAUCGUUUGGAUUACACCAAGGGUCUGGUGCAUCGACUCAUGGCCUUUGAAGCGUUGCUGUUAAAGUAUCCACAGCACAAGGAGAAGGUUAGUCUGCUGCAAAUCUCGGUGCCCUCUCGCACAGAUGUCAAAGAAUAUCGUGAGCUUAAGGAAGAGGUGGAUCAGCUUGUGGGACGCAUUAAUGGUCGCUUUACCACUGCCAACUGGGCGCCCAUACGUUAUAUUUAUGACUAUGUCAGCCAGGAUGAGCUGGCUGCCUUAUAUAGAGAUGCUGCUGUCUGUCUGGUCACGCCUCUGCGUGAUGGCAUGAAUCUGGUGGCCAAGGAAUUUGUUGCCUGCCAGAUUAAUGAAGUGCCUGGCGUGCUGGUCAUCUCGCCCUUUGCGGGAGCGGGUGAAAUGAUGCACGAGGCGCUGCUCUGCAAUCCUUACGAGGUGAAUGAGGCCGCUGAGGUCAUACAUCGCGCCUUGACCAUGCCUGAGGAUGAGCGUGUGCUGCGUAUGGCGCGUCUGCGUCGUCGUGAGUCCGAGUGUGAUGUCAGCCACUGGAUGCGUUGCUUCCUCAAGGCUGUGGGUGCACUGGAGAUGGAUGAUGUGGGCACCACUACCAUGCAGCCUGUGUCCGUAGAUGAUUUCGAUGACUACUUACUCAAAUACAUCGGCUACAAUCAUAAGCUCGCCUUGCUGCUGGACUAUGACGGCACACUGGCGCCCAUUGCGCCACAUCCGGAUUUGGCCACACUGUCACCUGAAAUUAAGAAUGUGCUCUACAAGCUCUCCAAUCACUCGGAUGUCUAUGUGGCUGUCAUCUCUGGCCGUAAUGUGGACAAUGUGAAGAAGAUGGUGGGCAUUGAGGGCAUUACCUAUGCGGGUAAUCAUGGCUUGGAAAUCUUACAUCCCGAUGGCUCCAAGUUUGUACAUCCCAUGCCCAUUGAGUAUGAGGAUAAGGUAAGUCAUUUGCUAAAGGCGCUGCAGGAUUCGGUGUGUCGUGAUGGCGCCUGGGUGGAGAACAAGGGUGCCUUGCUGACCUUCCACUACCGCGAGACGCCCACACAGCUGCGUCCAGACAUGGUGGACAAGGCGCGCAGUCUGAUAGAAAAAUACGGCUUUAGAGCAACGGAGGCGCAUUGUGCGCUGGAGGCACGUCCACCUGUGCAAUGGAACAAGGGACGCGCUUCUAUUUAUAUACUGCGCACGAGCUUUGGCGUCGACUGGAACGAACGCAUCAAGAUUAUCUAUGUAGGCGACGACCUAACAGAUGAGGAUGCCAUGGUGGCUCUUAAGGGUAUGGCGCGUACUUUCCGUGUUACCUCCUCGGACAUAGUCAAGACCGCCGCGGACCAUCGUUUGCCAUCAACAGAUUCGGUUUACACGCUGCUCAAAUGGGUGGAACGACACUUUAUGGGACGCAAGGCGCGCGCCAAUUCGCUGACAUAUAGACCUACAAAGGCCGAUGGCGUGCAAAUCCAAAUGUCUCUCGAGGUGGCAUCCUCAGCCAACACCCUGGAAGUGUAACGCUUCUGCCUGACCAACUAUAAACAUAUACUAUAUGCCCAUAUGCACGUACAAUUCUGAUAUGUAAUUUAGUAAUAGCAAUAAAUUAAAAAUACAAAACA